AUGAAGAAUGCUAUUGCCAUUGUAUUCCCCGAAUCUCGUCAUAGAUAUUGUCUGUGGCAUAUCAUGGGGAAACUUCCAGAGAAGCUAGGAUCUCAUGCCAAAUUCUCAACGGAGUUGAAGACUGACAUUCAACUUGCAGUAUAUGACUCACAGACCACAUCAGAAUUUGAGGCAAGUUGGGGUGAACUACUUAGAAAGUAUGAUCUGGUUGGCAAUAAAUGGCUUCAGGCCUUAUUUGAGGAAAGGUCUUUUUGGGUUCCGGCUUAUUUGAAAACUGAAUUUUGGGCGGGUAUGAUUACGACUCAAAGGUCGGAAAGCAUGAAUGCAUUUUUUGAUGGGUAUGUCCAUUCUGGAACCACGUUGAAGGAAUUCGUCGACCAGUUUGAUAAUGCCCUUAGAAAGAAGGUUGAGGUAGAGACCACUGUUGACUUCAAUUCUAUGAACCAAACAAUUCCCUGUGUUUCUCAUUUCAACAUUGAGAAACAGUUUCAAAAGUUAUAUACGAAUGCAAAGUUCAAAGAGGUCCAAAAAGAGUUGCUGGGGCUAAUGUGUUGUAAUUGUUUGUUGGUAAGCACACAAGGGUGCAUUCUAAAAUACGAUGUAUUGGAUGAAAUAUCUGCUGAUAACCACAUCAAGACAAUAAAUUUUGAAGUUUACUUUAAUGAAGAAGAAGUGGAGGUAAAAUGCACAUGUGCACUAUUUGAGACCAGGGGGAUUCCUUGUAGGCAUGCACUUAGAGUUUUGCAGUUGAAAAAGAUUAAUGUGAUGCCAGAUGUAUAUGUAUUGGAUCGCUGGAGAAAAGACAUAAAGAGGAGAUACACAUUACUCAGAAGUAGUUACGAUGACCAGCGGGACAGAUCAGAUGCACGGAAUUAUGAGGUUGUGGUUAAACGAUGUAUGAAAUUAGCAAUCAAAAUUUCCUCAGAUAAUGGAAAGGUCAGCGCUUUCCUGCGUGUUGUUGAUGACUUUGAGAAAAAGUGUGAAGGUUCAACACCAGAGUCGACAUUCGAACAAACGAAGGAAAAUCCAAAAGUGGUCUUAGAUACGGGUGUGAAGAUCUUAAACCCUAACGUGGUCCGAGGGAAAGGGAGACCCCCAAGCAAGAGGAAGGUUCCACCCGUGGAAAAGAUAGCAAACAAGAGAAAAAAAUCGACUUGCAGGAAAAUAUUGCUUGAUGAACCAGAACUGGGUGAUGGGGUUGGUGUUGGUACACAAGAGAGCAUUCUUACACAAUCAACUCCACAAGGGAAUUUGGAUGGGAUGUGUGACCGAGUUGAUGCACACUAG